AUGACAGCCAAUAAUCAAAAUCCUUUUUAUGUCUCGCAACACACUGCUCCUAGGAAUCGAUUCGUCCAACAACUACAACAACAAGCAACACCAAACACGGAAACAACGGUUAAAUAUCUUCCUCCUUUACAACUUCACCAGCUUUACCAGCAAGAGCCACCACAAACUCACCAAAGGCAACAACAGCAACAACAGCAACAACAAAGGCAGCUGCAACAAAAACAACAGCAACAAAGGCAACCGCUACCUCAACCGCAAUCACAAACGCAACCGCAACCGCAAUCACAAACUCAACGACAACAACAAAUACCCAUUAAUAUACCAACGGCGAAACAGGUUUUACUUACCCAAAAACUUCAGGAAAAACAACAAGAAUUUGAUAAUUUAUUAAUCCUUAAGAAAACUUCUCAAAAUUUAUCAAAUUAUUUUGAUCAAUUGGCCAAUAAUAUUGAAGAAUUAAGUAAUGGUUGUGAAGCUGUUGCUACGGUACUUCGUAAUUGGCAAACCGUUUUUAGAUCAGUAUUAUUACCAGAAACUCAAAUGAAAGGGAAAGGUUCAGGCGUGACCGAACAAACCAUUUCAAAUACGACGAAUAAUAAUAAUGAUUUUAAUUCCGAUUCAUCCGAAGCUAUUAACGUUCCAGAGCCUCAAAUGCCUGUUGUUGUACGUAUUCCUAUGAAAGACGCUGGUAUUGAUGAAGAUAAUUUAUAUCUAAGUAGAAUAUCUGAAGCAACAGCACAAAGAGGUGUGGUUAGAGCUACUCUUAAAGAAGCAAAAAAAAACGGACCUAAAGACUAUACUAAAAUUUUGAAGACUAUUGAUGAUUAUUUACCAUAUUUAUUCGGUAUAAUCGAUUGCCUUGAAGGUGGUCAACUGAAAUUAAAAAAGGAGAUAGAGACUUCGUGGAGUUGUACAUUAAGUGAUUCAGUAUUGAAAAAGAAACCCCGUGUAUUAUGCAAAGGAAUCUAUUAUGAAUUAAUUUUUGUAUUAUUAACUUAUGGAUAUGCUUAUGCUGAUUGGGCUACUAGUAUUAUAGAAAGACAAGGACAAAAUGAUAAAAAUGAUUUAAGAUUAAGACAGGCAGCAGAUCUAUUACGUAAAGCAGGAGGAAUAUUUGCAUAUAUUGGAGAAGAAGUUUGUCCCAAAUGGGAUAGUGAGUCAGUGUCAAAACCAUAUGAUGUGGUAAUGGAAAUACCCACAUCCAUGUCAAAGAUCGCACUUGCUGAUGCAAAUUCAAUUGCAAUACGUAAAGCAUUAAUGCAACAAACCUCUUCUUCGUUGCUUGCAAAACUGGCGUUUGGAGUAUCAGGACACUAUGAAAUGGCGAAUGGAUUAAUAAAAAGUUUGAAAGAUCCUUCAAAAGUCUGUAGCGAUUUUAGAAAAUAUGUUUCCCACGGUACUUUAUUUCAUCAAGCAUUAGGAAAGAAAUUUCUUGCUCAAGAUGCUUAUGUACAUCAGCAAUGUGGAAAAGCCGUAGGAUUCAUUACAGAAGCAAAAGAUGCUUUUCAUCUUUUAACAAGAUCAAAAUUGAUAACCAUUGCUUUACAUGCUACUCAAGAAUAUGAAGAAGUUAAAAAUCUGCACACGAGUUAUGUUAAUUACAAUAAUACAGUGGCAUAUGAAGAGGUUCCAACAAAAGCCGAUUUACAAGCUUUAAUUCCUGGUGGUAGGGUAUUACAAGAAUUUACGAAAUAUGAACCACCUUUACCUUUAUUCGGUCCUGGUAAUAAAAAGAUUACCAAACAACCCUUCUCUAGGGACAUAUUAGCCGGUCAAUAUUACUAA